GAGAGGGAGAGGAUCACACUCCACUGAGCUCCUGGAGUCACAGUGUUUUUAGAUGAACACGGUGUUGCACGCGCUGACAGAUGUGCACAUUUCAAACAGGCUGACUCCUCUGUGGGUGGACACAUCCGUUCGCUGGAGCAACUACAGCAGUUGCCAUGGAAACCCUUUCUCUUUUCCUCUCUACGCUUCUGGUGUGUGUGGCAGCUGUGGAGGAGACCACUGCACCAGGGGUUGCUGGCGAUAGAAAGAUGCCGGAUGCUCUGGGCCCUGCGACUUCUCCAUAUCCAGGAAACAAACAAAGUCCAGAAGACAAUGAGGAAGUGAAAGACCCCUUUGUCUACGACUACGAGAGCUUGAGGAUUUGUGGACUGGUGUUCGCUGUUGUGCUGUUCACUCUGGGGAUUCUGCUCAUCCUCAGUCGGCGAUGUCGCUGCAGUAUUAAUCAGAAGCCAAGGGCUCCUGGUGAUGAGGAGGCCCAGGAGGAGACCCUGAUCGUCUCCAAGGCUGCAGCCGCCGCCAAAGAGACCCCAGCAGAAAACUGAAGCCCCGUAACAAAGGCGAGUCUGACAGGGUGCAAGAGUGUCACUCUCUCUAUAUAUAUAGUAGUAAUAUUUACUUGAAUCGUGCGCCCCAGUCCUGAGCCACUCUGUUGUGACCGUCCUCCCGUGCUCGUCUGUUGCUGUGCCUUUCUGUGAGCUGUGUUGUUGUGAGCAGCUUCUGGACUCUGCUAGGUUUGUCUCUCUGUCUCGAACCAUAUGCCCUCUAUAUUUACAGUAUUGUAGACCAUAGCUAAGAAACCUGUUUAUAUGGUUGUGUGUUUUUGUGUACGUAUGCGAUGUUUGUAUCGGUGUGUCACUGGAAAAGACAAUCGGACCUGCCACAGACCAAACCACUGGUCAGCAGGUUUCUGCGACCGUGUUUUUACUUCAGCUACGUCACUGCCGUGCUCAGUCCAACCCUGCUCCUCCUCUGGCUCCGACAGGAUCAACUCCACAGACUGUAAUUACGCUCCUCGCCGGCGCUUGUCUUCUCCUACUGUUUUAUACAGGAUGUCUGCUCUGGAAGGUCAAAGAGACGGAGAGGAAUGUGUGACUACAUUAAUAGUAGCCUUGAAUAAACCAAAUCAUAGUCCGAACUACGCGAUCUGAAAUGUGUUUAUAUCUGUUGUGGUCAUUUGACGCAUGAGGCCUUGUGGUGUAAAUUCAUUGUCAAUAAAGAGG